AUGGCGACAGAAUGGAGUGGGAAGGGGUCCAUGCUGACUUUAAUGGUUUUUAUUUGGAGUGGAGUGUGUGGCCGGGCGGAGGCAGCAGUCCCCGGGGUGAGCGACAACCGUAUCCUCGGUAUGAGGCUAGUGUACAGCGAAAGAGACGUUCAGGAGUCCAAAACCGGAGUCAUCCAAGUAACUGAGGAGAAUGACAUCCUACUUCGGUUUUAUGGGCUCCAAUUCACUAAUUCCACCUGGAUGGAUAUUAAGUUUACGGAGCAAGAGGAUGAGGACUGCGAGCCGGGUGGAAUGAACGACAACUUUAACAGGACUUGUGCCGACUUUACCAAAGACAUCAUAGUCAGAGCUGGUAUGAAUGUAAGCAAUCAAGGAACAUCAGGGGUCGUGCGGGUUACCAUCAAACCUCUGCGCAAAAGCGAGCCGCACAAGUGCUACGGUCUGUGCGUCAAACAAGAGGGCAAAUGGGCCCUGCUAGGGGAGAUCGAUGGAAAGUUACGGGUCGUGGAGGAGAAAAAGUCUCUGUUGCCAAUGUGGCUUCAGAUUAUUCUCAUAGCCUGUCUCCUCGUGUUGUCAGGUAUGUUCAGUGGACUCAAUCUGGGAUUGAUGGCAUUAGACCCGAUGGAGCUUCGUAUUGUGCAGAGCUGCGGCACUGACAAGGAGAAAAAGUACGCGCGUAAAAUCGAGCCGAUCCGGAGGAAAGGAAAUUAUUUGCUUUGUUCUCUUCUUCUUGGCAACGUGCUUGUCAACACCACUCUCACCAUUUUGCUGGACGACUCGAUAGGAUCUGGUUUGGGUGCCGUCAUCGCCUCGACCAUAGGUAUCGUCAUAUUUGGUGAAAUUGUGCCCCAGGCACUUUGCUCGCGUCACGGUUUGGCGGUUGGCGCAAACACCAUCCUCGUUACUAAAUUUUUCAUGUUACUCACCUUUCCGUUAUCGUAUCCCAUCAGCAAGCUGUUGGACUGCGUGUUAGGGCAAGAGAUUGGCACGGUGUACAACCGGGAGAAGCUGGUGGAGAUGCUUAAGGUGACCGAGCCGUACAAUGACUUGGUUAAAGAGGAGCUAAAUAUGAUCCAGGGAGCGCUUGAACUUCGGACUAAAACCGUUGAGGAUGUUAUGACGCCGCUGAAUAACUGUUUCAUGAUCCAUAGCGAUGCCGUUUUGGAUUUUAACACCAUGUCAGAGAUUAUGGAGAGCGGAUACACUCGCAUCCCAGUCUACGAGGACGAGCGAUCAAACAUUGUGGACAUUCUCUUCGUCAAAGACUUGGCUUUUGUGGAUCCUGACGACUGCACGACGCUGAAAACCAUCACCAAAUUUUACAACCAUCCGGUUCAUUUUGUCUUCCACGAUACCAAACUAGAUGCCAUGUUGGAGGAGUUCAAAAAAGGUAAGUCUCACCUGGCCAUUGUUCAGAAAGUGAAUAAUGAAGGAGAAGGAGACCCGUUCUAUGAGGUUCUGGGUUUGGUCACUCUGGAAGACGUCAUUGAAGAGAUCAUCAAAUGCGAAAUUCUGGAUGAAUCAGACCUCUACACUGAUAACCGAACUCGGAAGAAAGUCGCCCCCAAUAAGAACAAACGCGAUUUCUCCGCCUUUAAACAUGAGAGCGAAUCAAAAGUCAAGAUUUCUCCCCAGCUGCUGCUGGCUGCUCACCGUUUCCUAGCAACAGAGGUGGGUCUGUUCAGCCCUGCUCAGGUCUCAGAGAAAGUGUUGUUGCGGAUCCUCAAGCAUCCAGACGUAAUUCAGGAGAUCAAAUACAAUGAGAACGAGAAACGCUCCCUCCAUCACUACAUCUAUCAGCGAGGCAAAGCAGUCGACUACUUCAUUCUCAUCCUCCAGGGUCGUGUAGAGGUGGAGGCUGGAAAUGAGAAUAUGAAGUUUGAGACUGGGCCCUUCUCUUUCUAUGGAAUCAUGGCCCUCACAUCUCUGAGCAGUUUCCGCUCUCCAUCCCACGUCAGUGGUUUAAAUCGUUCGGCAUCUUUGAGUUGUACAGAUCGACCUGACUCUCAGUCCGUUACUGGGAGCAACAGCCAGUUGAAUUCCACCGCAGCCCAGUACAUACCAGAUUUCAAUGUACGCGCCCUCUCGGACCUGCAGUUUGUCAAGAUCACUCGUUCACAAUAUCAGAACGGACUGAUGAUGUCUCGUCUAGAUUCGUCUCCCCAGUCUCCUGACAGUGGCCACGCCCCUCUAGACUCCUCCCCUACCUCAGCCUCUCAGCCAAUUGAAAUGGCAGAAAGCAACAUUGCUCCUGAUGAGACGACAUCCCUUCUCAACGAUCAGAACUGCCUGUCUAACCGCCAGGCUAACCACAAUAACUCGAACAGCGAGAGUGCCAUCUGACACACACGCACG